ACCUCGCGAGCUGGCAGGAAGUCGGGGCGGGCGGCGCGGAGAGCAGCUCGCCACUUUAACGCGCACCUCGGUGUCUGUAGCACCCGCUCCUUUCUUCCUGGGCAACGAGAUCCGGUAGCCAGAAAUCCAACAUGUCUAUCCUCAAGAUGCACGCCCGGGAGAUCUUUGACUCUCGUGGGAACCCCACUGUUGAAGUUGACCUCUACACCUCCAAAGGUCUCUUCCGAGCUGCUGUGCCCAGCGGGGCCUCCACUGGCAUCUACGAGGCCCUGGAGCUGCGUGACAAUGACAAGACCCGCUACCUGGGCAAGGGCGUCUCCAGACCCGUUAAGUAUAUCAAUGAGUUCCUGGCACCAGCCCUGUGCACGCAGAAGCUGAACGUCGUGGAGCAGGAGAAGAUCGACAAGCUGAUGAUCGAAAUGGACGGGACGGAGAACAAAUCCAAGUUCGGGGCUAACGCCAUCCUGGGGGUGUCCCUCGCGGUGUGCAAGGCGGGCGCCGUGGAGAAGGGGGUGCCCCUGUACCGCCACAUAGCCGACCUGGCAGGCAACACCGAAGUCAUCUUGCCGGUCCCUGCCUUCAACGUGAUCAACGGCGGCUCGCACGCCGGCAACAAGCUGGCCAUGCAGGAGUUCAUGAUCCUGCCGGUGGGCGCGGCCAGCUUCAAGGAGGCCAUGCGCAUCGGGGCCGAGGUCUACCACAACCUGAAGAACGUCAUCAAGGAGAAGUACGGCAAGGACGCCACCAACGUGGGUGACGAGGGUGGCUUUGCGCCCAACAUCCUGGAGAAUAAGGAAGCCCUGGAGUUGCUGAAGAACGCCAUCGGGAAGGCCGGCUACACGGACAAGGUGGUCAUCGGCAUGGACGUGGCCGCAUCCGAGUUCUUCAGGUCCGGGAAGUACGACCUGGACUUCAAGUCCCCCGACGACCCCAGCAGGUACAUCUCGCCGGACCAGCUGGGCGACCUCUACAAGUCCUUCAUCAAGGACUACCCAGUGGUGUCCAUCGAGGACCCCUUCGACCAGGACGACUGGGGGGCCUGGCAGAAUUUCACGGCCAGCGCCGGCAUCCAGGUGGUGGGUGACGACCUCACGGUGACCAACCCGAAGCGCAUCGCCAAGGCCGUGAACGAGAAGGCCUGCAACUGCCUUCUUCUGAAAGUUAACCAGAUCGGCUCGGUGACCGAGUCCCUGCAGGCGUGCAAGCUGGCGCAGUCCAACGGCUGGGGCGUCAUGGUGUCGCAUCGGUCCGGGGAGACGGAGGACACCUUCAUCGCCGACCUGGUGGUGGGGCUCAGCACCGGGCAGAUUAAGACCGGCGCGCCAUGCCGAUCCGAGCGCCUGGCCAAGUACAACCAGAUCCUCAGAAUCGAGGAGGAGCUGGGCAGCAAGGCCAAGUUCGCCGGCCGGAACUUCAGAAACCCCCUGGGCAAGUAGGCCGAGGCAGGCAGCACCCAGGCCUUGGGCCCAGGUAGUUAGGUCCCCUCCCGCCACCGCUUCUGUAGACGCCAGUAGGGCCUCCCGGAGCCCGAGACCCCAGCUCUGCUCGUCGUGCCCGCCACCUCGUGUCCCACCGCGUCUGGAGCCCUGUGUGCCCCCGGCCAGUCUCCAGUGGUUCUGUUGUGGAAUAAAUGCCCUGGCGCCCAGAACA